UGCACCCUUUACUGACGCACGGGCUGUAUAAAAACACUAUCACAAAGCAGCUGGCAGGAAGCGGCAGCCUACUGUCCCUGGCAGUGCCGGGGUACCGCUGGCACCGGCUGCCACUUGGGAAGUCAGGUUGGCUCCCGCUUAGCUGCUGCAGGUUGCCUGGAAAAGAAGUAGAGCCUAUGUUCCCCGAGUCUGGCAGGGCUUUGGUGCAAGGAGCGGGGGGGGGCGAUGUGAAUUGCUGGCCCAGGAAACCCGGUAAGACCAGGAGAAGUCACCUUGGUUUUGCGUUCUUAAGAACUGGAAGUCCCGCCGUUUCAUUUUCUCGUUCCCCCCAAAAAUAUAAUCCCUAAGGGGUGUUUUAUGAGCGCUUGGGACAGAAAAAGAAAUCCGAACAAAGACGGUAUUUCACCCCUCGGUUGGCAGGCAGCUGUUAAAGGUAUUUACUGCUCUGCUGCAGUGCGGCACUCAAUGCUGCUGGAGCGGGAGAGGAAAAAACAGGAAGCGAAAGGAAAAGAUGAGGCACAAUAAACAUUGCAGCAGGUCGCGGAGGCCGGGCGGGGCGCGGAGGAAGGGUCUCUGCGAGAGACAAGGGGCAAUAAAAGUGCAUUCAGCGGCAGCAGGCUCUGCCCAAACUCAGCACCCGCCUCCCAUCACCCGCGGCGGAGGGGGCGGCGAGGAGGGGAGCAGCCCGCAGUGCCUCGGCAGUGCCCCAGGCCGGGAGCAGCCGAGCCGGGGCGGUGAGAGCUCGGGGCCGCAGGGAUCGCCUCACCGCCCUGCCGGCCCGGCCCGGCUCCGCCGCAUCUGUCCGCGGGUGGGCGCCCGCCCCGACGGGCCGGGACCGGUCACCUGCCCGCGGCUGCCGCCCUGGGGCCGCCGGGCCGGGCCGCGGAGCCACCGCCGGGGGCGCGACAGGGCCCGGCCGCACCAGCAGCCCUUCUGUCUCCACGGGCUCUUCCAGGAGAAGGCGCUGUAGGACAAGCCUGGCCGCUCUCCCCUCCGCGGGGCGAGGGGCCCGCCGCCAGCCCCGGGACCCGUGCCCUGCCAGCCCCACCGGCGGGCGGGGGACACGGCCGGAGCUCCACCGCCCUCCUCGGCCGCCCCAAGCCGCCACCCGGCUACUCCACUGCCCCCAGCGCCGCGAUCUGCCGUCUCUCCCGAGUCCGCAGACCCUGCCUAACCCGCAGUGCCACGGGGCUCCCCUCGUGUGCCCCGCUGCCCUCCCGGUCACCAGCCCUCGCUUUGAUGUCGGGCACCCGCCUCUUCCCUCCCUGCUCCUUUGAUGCGGGUGCCAGAGCACCCUCCUUCCCGCCGGCUCCCUUCCCGCGGGCAGCGCCCCCGGCCCCCGCACAUCCUCCCUUGCCUCCUGCAAGCCGGGGCCCGGCAGAGUUCCCUGCCUCCGCCUCACCUGUUGCCUGCAGGCUUCACCUUCCCCAGCCGUGCCCGGACACGACCCUGGCGGCACCCACCCCACGGGCCGUACCUACCCCGGCGAGACGCUCCCACGGCCCCCGGCCUUCCCUCCCUGCCCCGCACUCCUCGCCCUCUUCCCCCCGGACCCGAGGUGUCGCCGCCGCUGCCCCGUUUGAUGUUGGGGCGCGGCUCGACGCCGCCCUGCCCGCUCUGCUGCCAGCGGAUCUGCCCGAGGCGUGGGGUGCUGCAGGCAGGGACCUUUGCAUGCCCACAUCCUGCUCAGCGAGGGCAUGGGCGACGAGGUGACUGUUGAAAAGUCGGGGUUGUGAUAAAAGCGGAGGGGCAAAAUGCGUUGGACGCUAUCAAGGUGCUUAGUAGGUCUUCAAAGUCAGAGAUGGAGCCUGUAAUUUUCUGGCAGUGUGGUCCUCGGGGUAGGACGUCGGUCGUCAUAUCUGUCAAGCAGCAUUGAGAGCGAUGGCAGCAUACACAUGUGAUUCAAUUCUCCCAACCUCUUUAUCACAAUUACCAGAGGGAAACCAAUAGUUACUCUGUUAUUUCAUUACACCUCUUAUCUGUCUCCAGAUCAUCAGACCCAAAUAUGAAAACUGGCAUAAAAGCCUAGAGAACGAACUGGCCAGAGCUUCAAAGUCAAUUUUCACAUCUGCAUUUUAGAAUAGGAAAUGUGAAAAUCGUUCUAAUUCCCACUUCAAAAAUCUCAUGGCUAGAAUUACUCAGUUGCUGAAACAUUUGUCUUGUCCUUAAAUGAGAGGGAGCUGUAUCUCAAUCAUCAAUUCCUCAGCAUCUCACAGCCUCACCUUUCACAACCCCCGUGUCUUGGACAUAUGUGCCUGAAGCACUUGCCCAGCCCAUGCCACCCCAUUUGCCAGGGGCUGACACUUGUGCAGGCUGACUGACACACACCUGCCUUGCUAUGGCUCCUCUCCUCCUGCACAGGCCAGGCAGCCUCUCAUCUCCAAACGAUGAACUUCUCUUGCCCAAGAGAGCUGAAGUGAUCACAGACACUCAGGGGGGGAUGUGAUGCUCCCUGUACUGGCACAGGGCCUGGAGCCUUCCCGUGGGCCCUGCUGACCUUUGUCAUACCCAACACUCAGAGCCAGGCCUGGGGCAAGCACACUCGACUCUGCAUCAUCAUUCUUAUCCCAAACUAUUUUCCCCACAUUUUGUUGCACUUUAUCAUUACACCCUACCCCUCAUGUCCCAGCACACAGCCUUUUCUUGCCCCUUUCCAGUAUGGCCACUUUGCCUCUGUGCAGCUGCCUGCUGCUGAAGCACUUCUUCCAGAGCCCAGUGAGGAUCAUGUGUUUGGGGAGAAGGGUACCCGGAAUCUAUCACAAAGCCUGAUCCAGGGCUCACCGUGGCCAGGCCCAGGUGCCUGAGCAAGGCUUAGGAGCUCCAGGGAGCUUGUUCCUCUGCCUGCCCAGCACUGGGAGCACAGACCAUGCCCCAGCUGAAAGAGACCCCGAAAUCAGCCACGUGCAAGGCAGCCCACAGCUCUCUCUGGGAUGGCUGGCUGGAGCCCCUGGGCCUGAUAAAGCUUCUCAGACCAUGCACUGUGUCUGAAAUGUCACCUUAUGCACUGUCCCUGCCAGCUGUCCUGGACAGGGGAGGGGGAAAGGCUAUUCCACAGCUUAGGACACUAAAAAAGCAUGAAGGCAAUGCCAUGUGAGCAAGGUCUUGCUAAGACCAAGAGAAAUAGUGGAAUGCAGAGCCACUCUGAAUCAUAAAGAUGGAGCAGGGAAGGACCUCGGGAUGCCUCUUGUUGUCUGAAGGAAAACGAAUUGUUCAGCAGUGACUGGAACCAUAUAAAGAUACAGCGAGAGCUGAGCUGGCCCUUUUGGGUAACUUCAUACUUGUGUAGCUGGAAUCGUUAGGAAAUGGCCGAGUAAGAGCAGCUCUCGGGUGUUAAACAGGCACCACCCAGUUGGUGCCACCACCCAGCAAGGAAUUGCAUUUGGCUGGAUUUCAGAGCUGAGCCCCCGGGCGGAGGCGCACUCUCCCCCGCGGGCCGGGCGAGUGGCCGUGUCCCCUCUGCAGGCGGCCGGUCCCCGGCGGGGCUGACACAGCUCCCCGCCCUCUGCCCAAGGUACGAACCCUUCCUGGGAUGCACCAGGAGCUGCUGGCCGCUCCGGCGUCCUCAGCCAUGAUAGAUUGGGAGCUGAUGCCCGGUGUUCUUCAUGCUGUGUGACUGCCAGGGACAUUUGACUUCCUGUGCUGGGGCUCCUUGAAAUUCUCAUUUGCUAACUCACACCCUGAUCCCUUCACACCAGGGCUCUUUUAUUGCUUUAUAACCAUCCUUAAACUUCCAUUCCUCAAAGAUCUCAUUGUGGCGGGCUUCACACUUUCUCCCUUUCCGAAGCCCUGUGCCCUCACUGUUAGCAGCAGUUUGGUCACUUACAAAGAUCCCUCGGGUGCCCGGCGAACCUGCAGCCCCUGGCAGAGCUCUCCCAACUUUUGAGAUUAAUGACACAAAACCAUUUUGCAGGGGAGCCUCACCAAAAUAUCAUAAACACUCAGGGAAGAGAGAAAAGGUUCCAUCUUUCAGUUGGCUUGAUUUUGUUUUUGUUUUGGUGGGACUUUUUCCUUCCUCCUAAAGAUGGGCUUCCUUGUGCCCUAAGAGCUAUAAAGAAAAGUUCGAACGCGUAUCCACAGAAAACACUCCCCGGCUCCUUUCCCAAGAGGACUUUGAGAGUGCUAAGUCCCCUUUGCAGCUUUUCCUGAAACACGCUCCUCAAAAAGGCCGGCAUAAAGCCGUGCAGCUGAGCUUCCAUCCAUCCCCGCUAUUUCGACCCGGUCCCGUUUUAUAGGACAGAUUCAGAGAACCUUUAUUUAGCGAAUAAAAGUUUAAAGCUGAAGGUUAUUUAUGGUUCCACAGAGAUAAGUCCUGAGUGGCUAUUUAGAAGCACGUGAUUCCAAUAAACUUUGUUUUAUGGCUUGAGAGUUGACAAGCCAAAAUAUAAUUCCCACCAUAAAUUAGUUUAAGAGCAUACAAGUGCAGAUGCUUUCGUUCCUGGAAGCAGUAAUCGGGAAAGUGUUAGCAGGGAACCGUCGGCGGAAUGCGACCGUGCAGGCACCUCUGCUCCCGGGUCCCCCAGGCCGCGGGGGGAGCGCACAGUAAGUCCGCGAUCAGCCUCCCCUCCGCCGCCGCGCCCGGGCUGCGGCACCCGAGCACCCGGCGGCUCUGCUGGGGACACGGGCAGGUACGGCUCAGGUGCUGCGGCGGCAGGAGCCGGCUGCUCUCUGGCUGAGAUUGCUGAACUUAAUGGGAUUUCAUAAAUGGAGAUAAGCUUUUUCAUUUUUAAAUUUUUUUAAAAUAUUUUUUAUAAUAAAAACAUUUCUUGCAAUAAAAAUUGAAGAUAAAAGGAAAGGCUCGCUAAGGGAGUGCUUAGUGCCAAAAUAUCAGCAUUAAUCCAAUCUUCUCACAGACUAUGAAUGUUAUCUAGAGUGGGCAGAACUUAAAAAAGAAAGAAAAAAAAUUAACAAAAAAGGUCUUGGGAAGCUCUGUGCUGUGAACUAUUGAUACCGAUGCAAUUGCUCCGGGUUUAAUACAAGAACUCGCCAAGAUAUCGUAGGAAGGCAAUACAGGAGAUGAAAAAUCGCUUGCAGAAAAUAACCCCCCAAUAGUAUUUACUUUUAAAUAUACGAUGCUUUUCAGGAGCAUUAGACUAAACGUGUGGAUUUGUUUCCUUUAUGUGAUCUUUGAAUAUAUUUAAUAAAAUAUUUGAAGGAAAGUUCGAGUCAAAUCUAUCCUUCUAUAAUGCAAACAAAGACGCAUGUCUCGUGGUUACUGAUAGGUUAAGUAGGUGAUUUUAAAAGAGAUCUAUCUUGGAAUAAUCCGAUAUUUUUUUCUAAUAAAAUUGUAGGUCUUUCUGUGUUUAGCACGGAUAUAGUGCUGCAUAACGUAUUUUGUGGAUGAUGGUUUGGCAAAUGUAGUCUGAAUGUGACUGGAUUCCCACAGAAAAAAAAAAAAAAAAAAAAAAAAAAGGCCUUUGUUAUUCUUUUCCAUUAGUCAAGGAGGGAGUUCUGGCUCUUAAUUUCUUUAGAAAUUAUCUGGUAUAAAAUUUAGACUAUGAAUAUUAAAAGUGAAAGAUCACACCCCAGGCACAGGGAAAGCGUGUAUUCAUUAAAAAACUGCCUGAAUGCAACGUGGUCCUCAUUUGGAAGGGGCUUCCAUCCCACCACUCCUCUGCUUGCAGGAUUUACACCAGUUCCUCUCUGCCUUCAUCUAUCAAACGUGAUUUGUAACUGUUCUCCAGAAAUAUCACCCGUACGUGGAAUACAACAGUAACAAACGUUUUUAUUGCAACAGGUUCUGCAGCAUGGAAGAACAUCCACAGUCCGUGCCCACGGAUUAUCCAAAGGAACCUGAAGAUCCUACUCACACAGUUAAAGUCAAAAAUCAAGAAAAAACCUAAGUUUGGUGGCUGCGGGUGGCCCGGGCCGACGACGUGAGGCGCGGGGCGGCGGUCAAUGUUAUUUGAGCGGGGGCCGCGGGCCUCGGCGAUCGCAGAGCAGAGGAUGCAGAAAGCCGCCUACUACGACAACGCGGGGCUCUUCGGGGGCUACAGCUACAGCAAGGCCGACGCCUACCCCUACGGCGCGGCCCACCAGCCCUACGGGCAGGCCGGCUUGGACGGCGAGUACCCCGGCUCCGCCUGCUCCGUCCAGGGCUCGGCACCCGGCCGCGCUCCGGCCCACAAGGGCAGCGAGCUGAGCGGGAGCUGCAUGCGGCCGGGCGGGGGCGGCCCCGGCGGCAGCCAGCCCCCGGGGAUCGGCGAGCAUCAGCCCCCGGCCCUGCCGCCCUCCUCCCCGCCCAACCCCCCUCCCAGUGUGCCCCCUCCGAAAAAAGCCAAGGGGGGCCCCAACUCCUCGGGCUCGGCCAGCGCCACCCUCAGCAAGCAGAUAUUUCCUUGGAUGAAGGAGUCCCGGCAGAACUCCAAGCAGAAAAGCACCUGCGCCCCCCCAGGAGAGAGCUGCGAGGACAAGAGCCCCCCCGGGCCGGCCUCCAAGAGGGUGCGCACAGCCUACACCAGCGCGCAGCUGGUGGAGCUGGAGAAGGAGUUCCACUUCAACCGCUACCUGUGCCGGCCGCGCCGCGUGGAGAUGGCCAACCUGCUCAACCUGACCGAGCGGCAGAUCAAGAUCUGGUUCCAGAACCGCCGGAUGAAGUACAAAAAGGACCAAAAAGCCAAAGGCAUCAUGCACUCCCCCGUCGGACAGUCCCCGGACCGCAGCCCCCCUCUAAGCGGCCCAAACCACGUCGGCUAUUCCAGCCAGCUCCCCGGCGUCAACAGCCUCAGCUACGACGCGCCCUCGCCCACCUCGUUCGCCAAGUCCCAGCAGAGCAUGUACGGGCUGGCCGCCUACACGGCGCCGCUGAGCAGCUGCCUGCCGCAGCAGAAGCGCUACGCGGGCGCGGAGUACGACCCCCACCCCAUGCAGAGCGGCGGCGGCGGCUUCGCCAACCCCAGCCUGCAGGGCAGCCCCGUCUACGUGGGGGGCAACUUCGUGGACUCGAUGCCGGCCUCAGGCCCCAUGUUCAACCUGGGGCACCUGCAGCACCCCUCCUCCGCCAGCGUGGACUACAGCUGCGCCGCCCAGAUCCCCGGCGGCCACCACCACGGACCUUGCGACCCCCACCCUACCUACACGGACCUUUCCUCUCACCACACCUCUCAGGGACGGAUGCAGGAGGCGCCCAAGCUCACGCAUCUGUAGCGGGGCGGCGGCCAGCGGGCCCCGCUCCCCUCUCCAUUACCUCACUUUUCUGACGGGACAGUGUUACUGUGCUCUCGAGUGCCAACAGUAUUAGUGGAUUUGUCUCCCCUAGCAGCUCCCCUCUCUCUUCCGCAGCCCCGAGUAGGUCCGUGAGCAGGAGCCUUUCUCUUAGAGCUGUUUUAAGCAUGACAGUGCAAUAUACUGCCAACCGAGGGACUGAUAAGCUGGUAAUGAUGUACUUGAAGGUAAGUCUUAGAGAUGCUGUAGUGUUAGCAGCGCGUCAUGCUGAGGUGUUUUAGACCAGUCGUGAGCCGUCGGAACUCGCCCGCGCGUAAGCUUAUUUCAGAGAAGUUAAUUUAUGAGUUCUUCCGUAACGUAAGGAUCGCAUUGGACUAAAUGAUAUGUAUUUAUUAUUUUAAGCGAGACAAUUUUUUUGUAUCACUGAUUAUUUAUCCUCGUCUUAAUGUAUUUAUGUGGGUAUUUGUAGAGUUUCUUCACCAAUACUUCGGGAGAGGGAUUCAGGUCCAUGGUGACUUACAUUUCACCUAUUUAGUAUAAUCGGUCUGAGCUAGUUGAGAGAGUAGUCUUGAACAGUUGUAACAGUGGCUGGUGUUUGUAGUUUAUGUAAGGAUUAAUUAAGACAGCAAGUCGUAAAUCAUUAAUAGAGUAAAACAAACUGUGGCGUCACACAAAGAGCCGUUACACUUAAAAAAAUAUUGAAAGUAUUUUUAAAGUAUUUAUUUCUAAUCGGCUGGCCCCACUCGAGCGCCUCGGUGGCUUGGCCGGCAGCUGGCUCGGCCGGGUGAAGCCACCUUUAGUUGGAAGCGCAGCCGCUUUGAGGAGGCGAUCUACAAAGAGGGGCUCUUGGCCAUCUUGUUUCAGAUCAAACCCUGCAUAUAAAUACCUCGGUGAGGUUAACAUUUAUUUAUUGGCUGGGUAUCUAUCGCGCAUAAUAUUUCGGUGGGCUACUUUAUUUCUUUCUUUUUUUUUUUUUUUUUUUUUUUUUUUUUUUGAUUACACUCUGGCUAUCCAAAAUAGAAAUGAAAUUAGAAGCUUAGAAGGCAAAAAAAAAAAAAAAAAAAAAAAAAUUAGAAACCCUCUGAUAGUGCUAAUUUCAUUAGGGUCUCCAUAGCAAUCCACGCAGCAGCUGCCUCCUCCUUUGUUAUUUUUAUACUGUUGUCUUUAUACUAACCAUAAAUCAAUUUUUUAGAUAUCUUUGGAAGCCCGAGCUUUUCCUCCUUUUUUUUUUCCCCCUUUUUUUUUUCAUAAAUAUGGACUUUGAAAGAGAAUUGACAAUCAGAUACACACAGCCGAAGGGGGACGCUGAGACGGGGCGCGGGCAGUGUCUGGGCGGUGCCGCCGCGCUCCCCCGGCGCCCGGCAAGGACAGUCCCACCCCGCCUGACCGCGGCCGGGGGGCACCGCCGCCUCUCCCUGCCGCAAACAGGACAGUUAACACGGGGAAGAAAAAUAUAAAGUAACAAGAAGAUAAAAAAUUAGGAAAAAGAAAGGGAACGAUGCUCUGAACCCUCGUGUUUCCUCCUCUCUAGUUACACGGCUGUAUUGAACUCCUCGCUGGAUUUACAGAGAUACUUCUUUUGUAAACGCUGUGAUUAAAGUCUCUUCCUGACAGUA